UAUUGCAAAAUAAGCCACUCCAUUUCAAGAGAUAAGACCGAAUCUCUAUAUAAAUUGCAAGGUUUGUCUAUACGUGGUACCGCUGAAGGGAAACGCUUGCUUAAGGGCGAAAUGUUCUUCAACUUCGUUCUGGUUCUUCUCGCUGUAAUCAGCGUAUGUAGCGUGGAAUGUUUGACUUGUCUCCAUAGUACGGAUAUUCAAAGUCCUCGACACUGCAAAUAUGUGAUGGAAUGUGAGAAUGGCGAGGUGUGCAAUGUUCACCGGACCACAAAUCCAUCCGGGGAUGUUGUUUUUGACGUGGGCUGUGUACAUCAUUCGGUGUGCAUGAUCAAUGAACAGAGCGAGUUCGGCGAUACAGUGUACACAUCACAGUGUGUCGGAUUAACGGUAUGUGAAAAAAUAUUAUAUGCGUUAGCCGAGUAUUGAUAUUUUAAAAACAUGCGUAGCGUACAAUCUGUACGAUUAUAAAUAUGUGUCUUUA